AAAAUUCAUAGAUAAAGCUACAACCUAACUUCGAAAUUAAUAAUUUCUUCAGUUCGAGAGUUGGACCAAACUCUCCAUUUUUAAAAAAGUGGCGAUGAAACGAUAGAGAAAGAAAGGUACCAGCGGGCAACGGUAACUGGAAACAAAUUAAUUUUUUUCUCCUCUGUAACGUUACUCUUUGUCCUCUCCCAAACGUCCUUUUUAGUCCACUUCUCUCUCUCUCUCUCUCUUACUCACACCUAGGAACUCGCUCUUCCACUCCACUCUUUGUAAAAUUUGAACGCCGAACUCCGCUCGCUUAGACGGAAGAGGAGAAGCAAAAAUGCCAAGGUUUGUUUGAGCUCAUGGUUCCCUUUUGGUUAGAAGAAAAGCAGAAAGGUUAGAUUUUUAGCAGUUUGAUGUAGUGAUUUUGUGCUGAAAACAGAUCAUCAGAGCUGCCGCACCAACGCCAUUCUCAUCGCGUUCCGCUUCGUCUCAAGUCUACAGCUUCCUCGGAAGCUAACUCCCUCCACCGCACCGCCGGCUUGGAACGCAGCGCAAAGCCCGAAGAUCGUCGCUCUGCUCACACUGUUCUGCAAGAGAAGAAGAAGGUGUUGAGAAUGGCGGAUCUGGAGGCGAAGCUGGACCAAACUAUGGAUGAGCUCAAGAAGCUAAAGGAGCAGUUGGCUUCAGCAGAGGCGGCAAAGACGGUUGUGCAGAAGAAACUCGAUAAGGUGAAGAAAACUGUUCAAAAUCCAGAUGAUGUGGAUGAGAAAGACGAAAAGAAGAAGCUUUUGCCGAUUGAAAAAGACAGUGAUAGCUGCAUUACCACCUUAGAUGGAGAUCAAAUGGGCUCCUCUUGCAGUGAGGAAAAUGCAAGCCAGCUGCAGACAAAAGUGGUGAUGAUUGAGGAAAAAGUUAGAUCUGAGGAAAAGGAGAUAGAGGAGGUGGAGAGUAAGCUGCUGGCAGAAUGUGCCGAGAUUCUGGAGAUGGCUAUGGUGAGAGCCAAGCUUACUGAGAAGGAGAAGGAGCUGAAGAUAGUUGUGGCGGAGAAGGAAAGCCUUAAAAAGGAAGCAGAGGAAGCAAAAGCUUGUUCUUUUAUAGCCGGUCAGAAAACAGAGGAGAUGGAGAUCAAGCUGGCAGGAACGGAGGAGGAGCUGAAACAGAGCAAGUCAUUGGUAGAGCAGCUAAAGCUGAAGCUGGAGGCCGAGGCAGCUGCCAAAGCAUCCAUGGAAGCGGAGAUGAAGCGUCUCAAAAUCCAAACCGAUCAGUGGCGCAAAGCCUCAGAGGCUGCAGCCUCCAUAAUUGCCACCGGAGACGAGAAUUUCAGAUCAACUCAGAAACCACUCGAAAGCUACAAUUUCUCAACCAAUGGAGUUCUGUGGUCGCCUUUGAUCACCGGAUCGCAGAUCGAUGAAGGACAAAAGAAGAGAGGCAGUGGCAGCGGCGGCGGAAUCAGAGUGUUUGGAGAACUCUGGAAGAAGAAGGGGCAGCAGAAGUAAUCCGAAUUUUGAACUGAAUGUAAACAAUGGUUGUGAAUCUCAUCAACCACUCCGUUUCCUUCUACUUCCACAUAUCUUCCUCUGUUCUCUGCAAUUUGAUUGCUCUGUUUGUUCUUCUUAGAAAACGAAUUUCUUUUGGAUUA